UUGAGCAUAUUUUUUAUGCUAAAUGCAGUACCUGUGAGGGUUUCUGGACAAUAUUUGUCAUUGUUUUGUGUUGGUAAUUGAUCUACAAUAAUACAUAUAUAUAUACAUUUGCAUAAAGCAUUAUAUUUGCAAACUCCCAUGUUUCUAAGAGUAUUAAAUACUUGACAAAUCUCCCUCUAAGAGACAUUUUGAACAGAUAAAUGUGCGAUUAACUAUUGACAAUCAUGCAAUUCAAUAUUUUAAUACAUUGACAGCCCUAAUACAAAUAAAUUAUUAAAGUGGUACAAAUAUUAUUUUAACUGAAAUAUGGCCAUCCAAAAUAUAUCACAACCACUGUUAGGUUGGGAACCAACAUUUUAAAAUUAUUGUUGUAAAAUAAUUUUGAAAAAUUAAAGAAAAUGUGGAUGCAAAGAAUGACAGUUUAACAGUCAGUUCUGUAUGUCUAUUGUGGGCUGCUUCCCUGACACACCCAGCUACUGUGGUUCACUGAUAACCUCCAAAUUUGCCCUCCGAAAACACACAUCGACACAUUUGCGCACUACUGAAUGCUAUUGUAUGCCACUGUGAGAUCAAUACUGCACACAGACAUUAGUUCUUCAGGUGGUGCAGGUUUGCUUCCUUGGUCUCUACCCAGGUUCAUGACCUCAGCCUGUGACAGAGGCAUCAAUCUGAUAACACGGAGCCGCUUAAUGUUUAGCUCAAGAUCCACACACACACACAGAGAGAGACACACAGGGAAGCAGAGGGAUUACCACACCACAGAGACCCAUAUGCUGACCAGGGAUGGAGGCGAGAACGCUAAAUGCGAGGAGAACGCAAGGUAGUAAUGACCAAGGGACUGUAGUUGAAGAUGAAGCCCCAGCAGCACCUCAUGGGAGCGGUCCUCUCUCUGCUGCAGCUCGUCUCUACGUGUACGCACUGCACGGCUGCCUCUGUGAGGUGGCCUUCACCGCUGUGUGGGACUGGUGCAGCACCCAGGACAGGAGGCUGGAAGGUCACAGCAGCCUGUGGGCGCUGCCUAUGUACGCCACCGCCAUCUACCUCAUGGAGAUCCUGGGAGCCCGGCUGAUGGCUCAGCGUCUCCCGCUGCCGGUGCGUCUGACGGCCUACACCGCGUUCAUCUACCUCUGGGAGUUCAGCUGGGGGGCGGGGCUGAGGCUGCUGGGGGCCUGUCCCUGGGACUACUCAGGAUAUAGGUACAACCUGGGAGGACUGGUGACUCUGGAGUAUGCGCUGCCCUGGACUGUGGCAGCUUUUAUAGCUGAGCAGCAUGUGAUCAGGAACACUUUGAGGAUCAGACUGCACAACUGAACUGAAUCUGGAAAACUGUGCUUCCAAAUGCAACGACAAAGAAUAUAUGGACAUUGUUUUAGGAACAACACCAUGUUAUUGUGAGUGUUUGACAUUUUGAUGUCAGUUCAUGUGUUUUGAAGUGGGGUUGUAUGAGGUACUUCUCCAUAGUCAGUGUAUUACCUACAGUAGAUGACGGUCAGCACGCCCCCAGUUUGGAGAA